UCCUAUCUAGAUAGCCACUCACUCAUCACUCCCAUAAAAAAAUAAAAAAAAAACAUAAAAAAAAACAGAGGAGACAACACAACACACCUUAUCCCCCACCACCAUCUCCAACGUCCUCGCCGGAAAAUGGCGAAGCAUCUGAUCCCGACCCGAUUCGUCGUCGUUUCGACCGUCCUUCUCUUCCUCUGCCAGUUCAUCUCUUGCCAGGAAGAAGAAUAUGUCCGGAGCCUGAACCCGAAGCGGCACCUGGGCGGCAUGAUGAAGAAGCAAAAACUGAGCCACUUCAAGUUCUACUGGCACGACACCUACAGCGCCCCCAACGCCACCGCCGUCCCCAUCAUCCAGCCGGCGGGGCCCUCCCCGACCGGGUUCGGGUCCGUGUCCAUGAUCGACGACCCAAUCACCGUGGGCCCGGACCUCAAGACCUCCAAGCUCGUGGGCCGGGCCCAGGGCCUGUACGGCAUCGCGUCCCAGCACGAGGUGGCGCUGCUGAUGGCGAUGAACUUCUGGUUCGUGGAAGGGAAGUACAACGGCAGCUCCAUCAGCAUCAUGGGCCGGAACCAGAGCGGGUUGUUCCGGUUCGCCACCGGCUACGCCCACGCUUCUACCCAUACGUUCAAUCUGACCAACGGGGAUGCGGUUGUGGAGUACAAUCUCUAUGUCCUGCAUUAUUGA